AUGUCAAACGCCAUGGACAAACUCAAGUUAAUCGCUGAGGUCCGUAAGAGACCGGCACUAUGGGAUUAUCAAAGCGAAGAACAUAAAUCGUGUUUAUCUUUGCCAGAAGUGUGGAAAGCUGUGGCUGUCAGUAUGGAAUCAGAUGUUGAGACAUGCCAGUUUAACUGGUCAAAUGUAUGUAAGACAUAUCGGAAAAUAGCUAAGCGUGAAGAGUUACGCAUCAAAAAAGAUAUGUUGAAUGGUUCAUAUGACCCCAACAAUGACUAUGGCAGCAAGUGGACUUAUUUUAAGCCCAUGGAAUUUAUGAAGGACAAUCAAAAAUUUCCGAUUAUUCUUCGUAAUUCAUGUGAAAGAUUGAAAUUAAUCGCUGAAGUCCGAAAGAGGCCAGCAAUAUGGAAUAUUCAAAGUAAAGACCAUAAACCAUCAAUUUUGAGAAAAUUGUGGACAGAUGUGGCUGUCGCUACGGGAUUAGAUGCUGAUACCUGCAAGCGUAAAUGGAAAAUUGUACGGCAGAGUUAUCUAGAAGAAGUUAAGAAGUUGGAGUUACGCAUCGCAGAAGAUAAGUUGAAAGGUUCGUAUAAUCCUAACAAUGACUAUAGCAGCAAGUGGACUUUUUAUGAUCACAUGAAAUUCAUUGAUGAUAUUAAAAAGCCAAGUCCCAUCAAACGCAUGACACUUCGUAACUCAACUGUUAAUGACAACAAUAGUGACGACAACAACUCAAAAACAUUUAACAAAAUUCAUAAUAUGAAUAAUACAAAGGUGGAACCUGGGCUUGAUCUAGACCCAGAAGUGUUUAUACCCGACGAUAACACUGACAGCCAAAUGUUUAUCAUAGAAUUUGUAAGCGAACCAAACUCUCCACAAAACCAAGUGUCAGCAGAUGAUAAACCAUCGUCAACAGGUGGCAACUGCACUAAACGAACUUACGAUCAAGCGAAUUUCUUGGAAGAUCUUGAAAAGGAGGAGCAUAACUUAAUAAAGUCCGCUAAGGUGGAACCUGAGCUUGAUUUAGACCCAGAAGUGUAUAUACCCGACGAUGACACUGACAGCCAAAUGUAUAGCAUAGAAUUUGUAAGCAAACCAAACUCUCCUCAAAACCAAGAGUCAGCAGAUGAUAAGCCAUCGUCAACAGGUGGGAACUGCACUAAAAGAUCUAACGAUCAGGCGAAUUUCUUGGAAAAUCUUGAAACGGAGGAGCAUAACUUAACAAAUUCCUCACACAUGGAUAUAACACGUUCCAAUAGUAUGAUUAAUGUCGGAGAUUCCGAUUUUAAUUUCUUGGUCAGUUUAUUGCCGCAAAUGAAAAAGAUUAAUGAUUUGCAAAAAUUUAAAUUUCGUUCAAAAAUGAUCAAUGUGAUGUUCAAUAUUAUGUCUGCUUCGUCAUCGCAGAAUGCAAAUUCUAAUAACUAGUCUUAGUU